AUGCUGAUAACUCACACCAUCGCAACAACACUGGUCAUCGCUGUUAUCAUACCUAUCAUCUACCUUAUUACCAACGAAUUCAUACGCAGUCAAGCGCGAAUACCUAAGCUACCAGGCCCGCGGGGUCUGCCCGUGAUUGGCAAUCUUUGGGAUAUCCGCACCAAUGCAGCCGAGACGUACCGACAAUGGGCCCGAAAGUACGGCGAUGUGUACCAGAUCCAGCUGGGCAACAUCCCCGUAGUGUUAGUCAAUUCAGCGUCAGCGGCGAAAAAGAUCUUCAGCAAUCAGGCCAUCACCUCGCGCCCGGAGUUCUACACUUUCCACAAGGUGCUGUCCAACACGGCCGGUACCACCAUUGGGACUUCGCCUUACAGCGACUCUCUGAAGCGGCGCAGAAAGGGCGCAGCUUCGGCGCUCAACCGGCCGUCGGUGCAAUCGUACGUGGAACAUCUUGAUGUCGAGACGCGUGACUUUAUCAAGGAGCUGCUCGAGUAUGGAAAAGGAGGGGAAAGGCCCGUGGACCCCAUGCCCAUGAUCCAGCGGCUGUCACUUUCGCUAGCCCUCACGCUUAACUGGGGCGUGAGGAUGGAUAGCCAGAAAUCAGAUCUGUUUCAUGAGAUUACCCACGUCGAGGAGGAGAUCAGCCGCUUUCGGUCCACAACUGGAAAUUUGCAAGACUACGUUCCUUUACUCCGAAUGAAUCCCAUCAACUUGCACUCGGCCAAGGCGAGGGACGCACGAGAUCGAAGGAGCAGGUACCUGGACGACUUAAAUGCCGAACUUGAUGGGCGUAUGGCGGCCGGUAAAUAUAGUCCCUGUAUACAAGCCAAUGUUAUCAACGAUAAGGAUGCGAAGUUGAACCAGGAAGAGUUGACCUCAAUUAGUCUCACGAUGCUAUCAGGAGGACUCGAUACCAUCACCACUCAAGUGGCGUGGUUCUGCGGUCUGUUAGCCAACCGUCCAGAUAUCCAGGACAAGGCACUGAAAGAGAUACGCAAAUUCUACUCUGAUAAGCAGCCCCUGUGCGACCCAAAAGACGACCAGCAGUGUGCAUACAUAGUUGCCUUGGUUCGAGAGUCGCUUCGGUACUUCACAGUGCUUCGACUUGCGCUGCCCAAAGUCAACAUCAAAGACAUUGUCUACAACAACGUCGUUAUCCCCAAGGGGUCCAUCAUAUUCCUCAACUCAUGGGCUUGCAACAUGGACGAUAAAAUCUGGUCCGACCCCGAAGUUUUCCGCCCUGAGCGCUUCCUCGAACAGCCAGACGCCCCCAUGUUUUCUUACGGCAUGGGCUACCGCAUGUGCGCCGGCUCGCUCCUUGCCAACCGCGAGGUGUACCUUACGUACAUGCGGCUUCUGAACAGCUUUCGCGUCCAAAAGCACGACGAGGUGGAGACGGAUCCCAUAAAGGGUAAUGCGGAUCCGACGAGUCUUGUCGCUAUGCCUAAGCCGUAUCGGGCGUUAUUCGUUCCUAGGGAGCCGGAGGUUUUGGACAGCGCUAUUAAGGAGUCGAGGACGGCGGAGGAGGUGCAUGGGAGGCUGCCCAUGACUUCGGUCAAGACAAAAUCGUUAUUAAUGUUGACAGUGGUAUGUAUGAUUGCGGAUUGCUGCAAGUCUCAAUCCAUUAUCCCAUCAUGA